UUCUCAAUUUUUAAAUGCCGUUUAAUUUAGCGUGUAGGUCAUCGAUGUCAACAUGUUAGUGCAACAUAUACUACGAGUAAGGCAGGCUCAUGUUGUACCUAGGUACGGAAUUGACGUCACAAACAUAACUCGGACUAAACCCAUUUCUACGUCAGAGUUAAUAAACACACCUUAUCAAAUCCUUAAAAUCGAUCAUCUACAUCCUGCGCCAUUCAGUAUACGAUCGACAGUGUUUGAGCGCGGUUCGAAUAGCAAUACGUUCCAUACAGACUCCAAUAGAUCACCACCCUUCGAUAGUUUUCGAUUAUCUUCGAAAUUGUGGUUCUACCUGUACGUAAACGUACCAAAGCGAAGCUUGACAGCGAAUAUUAACGAAAAUACGGUAUUUAAAAUGGUACACGCCAGAGAUGCAUCAAAGGUUGAAAAAUCUUUAACAGAAUCCAAAUCAGUCAUAACCAACAAUCGAAAGUUUCACAUUAAUAGCAGUGUCGCAAGUAUGGCAAAGCUAAUCGAUGGCAAGCAGAUCGCUAGUGAAAUUCGGGCAGAAUUGCGGGAACAACUUGUGCUAUGGAAGGCUCAAGGACAUCGUGCACCUCAACUGACGGCCAUCCUUAUUGGGGACGAUCCAGCGAGCGCCACAUAUGUGAACAAUAAGAUGAAGGCUGCUGAAGAUGUUGGUAUCAAUAGCAAGACAGAGCGAUACAAUACGGAUAUAACCGAGGAGGAACUGAUAAACCGGAUCGACGAGCUAAACGCAGACGACGAAGUAGAUGGGAUACUGGUGCAAUUACCAGUACCGGAUCAUAUAAACGAACGGAAAGUAUGUAAUACAGUAUCAUGCGAUAAAGAUGUCGAUGGAUUCAACGAGCGUAACGUUGGAAGGCUGUGUCUGGAUAUGAACACGUUGAUUCCUUGUACGCCUUUGGGUGUACAAGAGCUUAUAAAACGAGCGGAUAUCGAAACAUUUGGCAAAAAUGCAGUAGUUGUGGGACGAUCGAAAAAUGUAGGUAUGCCAAUAGCUAUGUUGUUGCAUGCAGAUGGCCGUAAUGAUACUUGUGCGAUGGAUGCUACGGUAACAAUAUGCCAUCGAUUCACACCACCAGAGGAGUUGAAACGGUUCUGUCGUUUAGCUGACAUAAUAGUUACGGCCACUGGCGUUCCCGGGCUUAUUACAGCGGAUAUGGUAAAGGAGGGAGCUGCUGUGAUUGAUGUGGGAAUCACCAGAGUCAAUGACCCUGCUACGGGCAAAACGAAGUUAGUUGGAGAUGUAGAUUUCGAGAAUGUUCGUAAAGUAGCAGGCUAUAUUACGCCGGUUCCUGGUGGCGUAGGUCCGAUGACGGUAGCUAUGUUGAUGAAAAAUACAGUAAUUGCAGCGAAAAACUUGGCUGUAAAACGGAAGGAAGUAUAAAACCAUUUCGUAGUAUUACGAGUAAUUCUAUAGAUCAAGCAUAAUUGCAACCGUUAAUCUUUUUCCUCAGUGUAAAACAUAUGAAAAAAUGGUAUAAUUUGCUGGGUGUUUUCUUUCAGUUACUUAACAUUUGUUGCAAAAAAUCAGACGUUUGAUUUUACAGGCUCUUGCCAAGUAAACGGAUAUUAAAACGUAAUAAAAUUACUUGUUAUUCGUACAAUCCUAUCAAACCUUUUUUCCGUCAGGCU